ACCGACGCAGCUCUGUAAUCCUGAUCUUGAUCGCUGCUUCGGCCGUCCUCAUCGUCUCCCCCUUCUCGUCUUGCAUGUCUAAGCUCACUCCACCAUACUACUUCUCCAUUGUUGCGUCGUGUCUGACCUUCCCACCCCCGCCCAUACAGAGCUCAUCUAAUCAGGCACCAGACCCAUUCACUGAGGUCUUGUACCGAGGAUCCAUCCCGCUUGAGCGGAAUCUUUCCUUCGUCCAGCAGAAGCGUAUCAAGACCUUGGUAUAUCUAUCUGCCGAUGAGGUGACCUCGGCACUUCCACUUGGUUCGUGGGCCAAAAACAAUGGUGUGGAAACAAAAUGGAUCAAGGCAGACGUUAUGGGUGAGGAAAAGCUGGGUAUAGGGAAGACAGAGGUGGGAGAGGUAUUGAAGCUCAUCCUCGACAGAUCAAUGUACCCACUGUACAUUGCUGAUGUGGAUGGGAUAUCACACACCACCCUUAUCGUCGCUUGUCUUCGGAAACUUCAAGGAUGGCACAUGGACAGUAUAAUUGAUGAAAUGUGUCGCUAUGAACCGGAUCAUGAAGACUUUUCCCUCGUCCCAUUCAUCACUUCGUAUCUCUCUUCGUCCGACUCCACGUUCACUCUCCCAGCUCUACCUUAUCCUUCUUGGUUGUGGCCAAGUCCUACAACAACACCUGUAGGAACCAACAGUGGCAUGGGCAUUGGCGCUGGCACAGCUGCACCUCCGUCGGCGUCUCAAGCGCCAUCUAUCCCUCAGACCGCAUCACAACGACGUGAACGUGAUAGGACAAAAUCUGAACCUGCUCAUCCUAAAUCUUAUUUGCCCUUUCCUCAUCCUCUUCAAGCUAGACGCCAUCCAACCAUGCGACUCAACUAUCCUGCCAUACCACAAGGCUCAGGUCUCUCCCCCUUACUACCCGCACUGAACAAUACCACCCUCUCUCGGACCUCUACACGAGCAGAAGAUAGUCGGACAAGUCCGAACAUGCUUGGCUCUUCACCUCAUGGUAUUUCCGGAGCCGCAGUCAUUGAACUACCGGAUGCCAUCAUGGGCUCGCCGACUUCUCAGGCGAGACAAAAUCGAGCAGUCAACUUUUCACGUACCGCCACCCUCGAGCCCGUCAUGUCUAUACAGAGCGUCAUGGAGAGCCCACAUUCGACAGUUUUCAGCCGUUUCAAUACGAUUUCCUCAUCCUAUGCUGCUGGAAGUACAGAUGGAGAGGUGGAUAACGAAGAUAAUGGUAGCACAACGCCGGAGGAGGUACUCAUGGACGGAGAAUACGAUGAUCAGGAGGGGCAGGAGGGCAUCAUCGAGGAAGAUGACUACGAGGACGAAGAAGAGGACGAUUACGACGAGGAUGAGGAUGAGCAGGAAGAGGACGAGUUCCAGCCUCAGUCGCAGUAUAUCAGCGCCUUGGACCUGGCGGGUUUUACAUAACACGCUGUCCGUAGGCAAUUACCAGAGUCAUACUUGCAUCAGCGAUAUCAUGCAUCUUUUGCAUGCGUCUGGG